CUCCCUACUCAUUGCGGGACUUGGGGAUGGAGAUGGAUCAUUUUACUUCGAUCACGGCAAGCUCCAUUCCAGAGGACGUAAGGACUGGAGGAAUACAUUCUUGUGGUUUCCUUCCCUUGAUCGCAAGGGCGUGGGCAAUAUCGGAGAGCUCUUUUUUUCUGUGGAGGAUUGAAGGGGAUGGUAAACUGCUGCGGUAUCCAUGCCAACCUGGUGAUGAAUGGAGGGCUGUGGGAGCUAAAGAGCAGAAUAUAGUCUUGGCAUCCUCCACGGAGGUGAUUCUACUUUCACUUGAGCUUGUAAAAGUGUCAUCAAUACCCACAGGAAAUGUUCUGGUUACCUGUAUUGAAGCAUCCUGGCAGGGAAUUUUUCUGGGUGGUCUUGAUGGUCAUUUUACAAGCUGACGGAAGCUUACUUCCAGAGACUUACUGGUGGAUUCUUCUCCUUCGUCAGGCGAAGGACGCUGGUUCUGCAGCUAUGUUAUGACGAAGAGAGGCACCUGUUAUACUCGCGGUCGGAGAAGAAGAACAGCGAUUGACCUUCAUAGCUGCUAGGACGUUGGCGAGGUUGUUGUCACAGAUGCCAUCUCCAUCACUCCGCUCUCGCGUGUAGCAGCAUCUUCGGAUAAAGUUUUGGUGGCAGUUUUGUGCAACGGGAACCAAGUCUACGUGAGCAGCGAUUUCAGGAUUGUGGAGACGGUUGCUUGGCGAUCAGAUGGCUUUAUAUGCACAGGAUAUCCACAGAUUAUUGCGAAGGAUGGUUACUACUCAGCUGGAGUGCUGUUCCUAGCGUCUACUUCUCGUCUCGUAGUACGGUAUCAGGGGGCAAGCUUUCAGGUCGACGAGGAAGUGCUUGCUUUUGCGGACAUCCUGCCUCCUGUAGAUGAACUCCGUAUGGCAUCGGCGAGUUUUCUAAGGGACUUGGACUUGGGACAAGUUGCUGCGGCACGAGCUCUGUGGUCGCUUCCAGAAGUUCACACUCAACAUCUUCUUUCAGCAAGGAGAGCAGUCCUACUUACUUCUCAGGUGGCAAUCGUAAUCGUCAUAAAGAGGCCCGUGGAUUUGCUUCAAGAAAUUUUAGCGUCAUCGAAGCCUGCGUUAUGGAAUGUUCGACAGUUCUUCGACUUCUUUGGCCGCAUAGAAACGUCUUCAAUGUAUUUUAUGCUUGCUGCUGGCUUUGAGCA